AUGAUGUCAGGCGAGAGGACGGGUAGUAGAAAGAACUAUCGAGGUUCUUCGGUGUCCCAGGCUCCGCCUCCGGUGUCCCAAGCUCCGCCUCCGAUGUCCCAAGCUCCUCCUCCGGUGCCACAAGCUCCGCCUCCGGUGCCACAAGCUCCGCCUCCGAUGUCCCAAGCUCAUCCUCCGGUGCCACAAGCUCCGCCUCCGGUGUCCCAAGCUCCUCCUCCGGUGCCACAAGCUCCGCCUCCGGUGCCACAAGCUCCGCCUCCGAUGUCCCAAGCUCAUCCUCCGGUGCCACAAGCUCCGCCUCCGGUGUCCCAAGCUCCUCCUCCGGUGCCACAAGCUCCGCCUCCGGUGCCACAAGCUCCGCCUCCGAUGUCCCAAGCUCCGCCUCCGAUGUCCCAGGCUCCGCCUCCGGUGUCCCAAGCUCCGCCUCCGAUGUCCCAAGCUCCUCCUCCGGUGCCACAAGCUCCGCCUCCGGUGCCACAAGCUCCGCCUCCGAUGUCCCAAGCUCCGCCUCCGAUGUCCCAAGCUCCUCCUCCGGUGUCCCAAGCUCCGCCUCCGAUGUCCCAAGCUCCUCCUCCGGUGUCCCAAGCUCCGCCUCCGGUGCCACAGGCUCCUCCGGUGUCCCAAGCUCCUCCUCCGGUGCCACAAGCUCUGCCUCCGGUGUCCCAACCUCCGCCUCCGGUGUCCCAAGCUCCUCCUUCGGUGCCACAAGCUCCGCCUCCGGUGUCCCCAAGCUCCUCCUCCGGUGCCACAAGCUCCGCCUCCGGUGUCCCAACCUCCGCCUCCGGUGUCCCAAGCUCCAUCUCCGGUAUUUGGACACCUGGAAGCCAAAUUAGCGCAUUGACGAGGCGCCUGGCAGUAUGGUGA